AUAUAAAAAAACUACAGUCGUAAAUUAAAAAAAGGAUGCAUAUGUACAGUAGCACCAACCAGUAGCUCACUCUAUAUAAUGAACCCUUUAAUCUUCUUUCUCUCACAACCACAACAACAAAAGAAAAUUAAUUCCUAAGAAAAUCUAGAAACACUCAUUACAUACAUAUGGCGAAAGACGUGGAAGGAGGAGAUGGGUUUCCGGCGAGGGAUUACCAAGAUCCGCCGCCUACACCGUUUUUCGACGCGGAGGAGCUGACAAAAUGGUCCUUAUACAGAGCCGUCAUCGCCGAGUUCGUAGCCACUCUCCUCUUCUUGUACAUCACUGUUUUGACUGUCAUCGGCUACAAGAUUGAGUCCGACCUUACAUCCGGCGGAGUCGAAUGCGGCGGCGUCGGAAUCCUCGGCAUAGCCUGGGCUUUCGGCGGCAUGAUCUUCAUCCUUGUCUACUGCACCGCCGGUAUCUCAGGUGGUCACAUAAACCCAGCGGUGACGUUCGGCUUGUUCUUGGCGAGGAAGGUAUCGCUGAUUAGAGCGGUGCUUUACAUUGUGGCUCAGUGUUUGGGUGCGAUUUGUGGAGUUGGGUUCGUGAAGGCCUUUCAAAGCUCUUACUACGUUCGUUACGGCGGAGGAGCAAACUCUCUAGCCGAUGGAUACAGCACAGGGACCGGACUCGCCGCAGAGAUCAUCGGAACAUUUGUUCUCGUCUACACCGUCUUCUCCGCCACUGAUCCUAAAAGAAACGCACGAGACUCCCACGUCCCCGUGUUAGCGCCACUUCCGAUUGGGUUUGCGGUGUUCAUGGUACACUUAGCCACUAUUCCGAUCACCGGAACCGGAAUUAACCCGGCAAGGAGUUUCGGAGCUGCCGUUAUCUUCAACGAGUCCAAGCCAUGGGAUGACCACUGGAUAUUCUGGGUGGGACCAUUCAUCGGAGCUGCGAUUGCUGCGUUUUAUCACCAAUUCGUUCUAAGGGCUUCAGGUUCUAAGUCCCUUGGAUCCUUCAGAAGUGCAGCCAACGUUUGAAUUCAGCCACAAAACAAAACAAAGUGGUUACUAUUAGUAUUAAGUAGCACUUGGGCACGUGUUUUUUUUAUAUAAAAUAUGCUCUCUUCUUCGCUUUGUAUCUUUUUUUACUUUUUCUCUCGCCUCUCUGUGCAUCCAUUUGUGUGAACUUCUGCAAAUUAAUGGAGUUUUUAAUUGUUUAACGCUUUGCUUAUCUAAUCGAUCUCCUUCUCCUUUAAACAAUG